AUGCAGUCUGCGCCAUCGCCCUCCACCCAAGAGGCCUCUUCCUCCUCCUCUGGGGCCUCCGGCGCCUCUUCAACUGAGGUCUGUUCAGCGGCAUGCGCAGCCGCUCAAAGAUGUCAGGGUUGCGGCGUAUCUGCUGGUGAAGGAUCGCGUUUUUUGAGCUGCCCAAAAUGUGUAGAUCUCAAUAUUUCGCCUAAUGUCUUUUGCUCCCAAGAGUGUUUCAAAGCGAACUGGUCGAGCCACAAAAGAAUUCAUGAGGUGAUGAGGCUGCUGCUCGCUGAAAGAGAGAGGGAUAAAGAAGGCAACCUCAGUCAUCUCAGUCCAAGUAAUUACGAUCCACACGACCAAAUUCCGUGGAAAAGGGACCCACACUUACGCGCAUUCAUCUCCUACAAGUUCACCGGCCCCCUUCGUCCGUGGCCUAUAUCGCCGCGUCGCACUGUUCCUUCUUGCGUGCCGUUGCCGGAUUAUGCCGCCACUGGGGUUCCUUUAGGCGAGCAGGCUAUGAGGUCCAAUGCCAUUCGGGUUCAUACGCCUGAGGAGAUCGAGCGGUUAAGGGCUUCAUGCUUGCUGGGACGAGAAGCAUUGGACUUGGCGCAUUCGUUGAUCCGACCAGGGGUUACAGCAGAAGAAAUUGACAAGGCAGUCCAUGAGUUUAUUUGCUCUAGAGGCGCCUAUCCUUCUCCCCUAAAUUACCAAGGGUUUCCUAAAUCUUGCUGCAUCAGCGUCAAUGAGGUCAUCUGCCACGGAAUUCCUGACCACAGGCCUUUGCAGGAAGGAGACGUUGUCAAUGUGGACAUCACGGUUUUUUAUCAAGGGAUGCAUGGGGACCUCAAUGAAACGUAUAUAUGCACUGGUUCCUCUCCCGCUUCUUCUACAUCUUCUGUUCCGUCCGCUGCUGCUUCCCCGCCUUCUUCAUCCUCAUCCGCUUCAGAGGACAGCAGAAGGCUCUUGCAGGGCGCCUACCUUUCCCUAAUGGAGGCAGUGAAGGCUUGCAAGCCGGGAAUGAUGUAUCGUGAUAUCGGCCGCAUUGUCUCUUCAGUGGCUGACCAACACGGGCUGUCUGUCGUUCGUUCUUAUUGUGGACACGGUAUUGGGGAACUCUUCCACACUGCUCCCAGUAUUCCUCAUUACAGAAACAACAAGGCGGUAGGCAUCUUAAAGCCUGGUCACGUUUUCACCAUCGAGCCCAUGUUGAAUCUGGGGAAACCAGCCGAUGUGCUUUGGCCCGAUAAUUGGACGGCAGUGACGCUUGACGGCUCUCUGUCAGCCCAGUUCGAGCAUACGCUCCUUUGCACGGAAGAGGGGGUGGAAAUCUUGACCAAGCGGCUCCCCUCUUCUCCGAAACUGGAUAUCGACACCCACGGUAGCCUACCCCUAGAGAUAUCGCAUAAGUGGGGGCUGGUCGCUUGCACGACUUUUGGGUGGAGUGAAGAGGAGGGGCAAAGGGAGAGCGAGCCUCGUGGACGAACCUUUGGCCCAAGUGCUACUUUGUACAGGGGUUAUUGA